AUAUCUGUUAUUUUAUCAUUUUUCUUUUGGUUGCCUCUCUGUUCCCUUCAAUCUGCGCCAAUUGUCAUUUCUCUUUCUCAAACCUGUGAACUGGUAUUUAGAGAAUCUUCCCAAAAGCUCGGCAUUUUUUCUCAGACCACAGCAACGGUCCUUUCCCUUCCUAUUUUGACCCCAGCACAGAAACCAUGUACCUCUGAUACUUUCAUGUAGCUGGACUGUGGGCUUGUCUUCAUCAUCCCUUCGAUCAGAAGUAUGCUCUGGAGGUAAAUAUCAGACGUAUGAGUGCACAUUCCGAGAUAUCUUUUCGUGGUGGCAGAUUGACAGUUCCUCUCUAGCCAUCCCGGCAAUCCUCUGGUAGUUGCUUUGAGUUUCAGACUCUAUAUUGUGGAAUUUGCUUCUCACUCCCUUCUCCAUCUCAAAUAGACCAUCAGUCGAGCACCCACUCACGCAUUCCGAUCCUAUGUGCUUCAUCAUCUGACAGGAGUUUAACAAGGCCUUUCCCAAUAUAUAUGCUCUUACCCUUGACGUGCUGCAAUAUUCCACAAACUCCUGUGAACUGGUCAAACUUGCCCGCCAAGCAUGACUUUAGAAAUGUAUGAUAGCCUUGGUGCACAGCCUGGAGUUCCAAGACCACCUGCUAAUACACAAGCGAAUCCUUUUGGAAAUGCAUUCUCUGGUGCUAGCUCUGGGUUCAUUAGAGGUGGAUUAGGAGCUUAUGGAGAAAAAAUCCUUGGAUCAAGUUCUCAGUAUGUCCAAAGCAAUAUAAGUAGGUACUUCUCUGAUCCCCAGUACUACUUCCAAGUGAAUGACCAAUACGUGAGAAACAAACUGAAAGUAGUCCUUUUCCCUUUCCUACACAGAGGUCAUUGGACAAGAAUCACAGAGCCUGUCGGUGGCAGGCUAUCCUAUAAGCCCCCUAUCUAUGACAUAAAUGCUCCAGAUUUGUACAUUCCGUUUAUGGCCUUUGGUACUUAUGUUGUUCUUGCUGGCUUAGCAUUGGGUCUGCAGGGAAGGUUUAGCCCAGAAGCUCUCAGUUGGCUGUUUAUCAAGGGAUUGGUUGGCUGGUUUUUACAAGUUUCGUUGCUGAAGAUGACAUUGUUCUCACUUGGUAGUGGAGAGGCUCCUCUUCUUGACAUUGUUUCAUACGCAGGAUAUGCUUUUGCAGGAUUGUCCAUAGCUCUUUUGGGAACAAUUAUGUGGAACUAUACUUACUACUUUUUGAUGCCGUGGACAUGCUUGUGCAUGGGAAUAUUCUUGGUGAAAACAAUGAAGAGAGUUCUCUUUGCAGAGGUGAGGACGUACGAUUCAAGUAGGCAUCAUUAUCUCCUAUUGUUUAUUGCCCUAGCUCAAUUUCCUCUCCUCUUUUGGCUUGGGAAGAUUAGCCUUAGUUGGUUCUUUUGACUUACAUUUCUAGUUGUUUAGUGGUCUGGCAGUUUGUGCUUUUUGGGAAGUGAAGCAAUCAAUUUUUCUGUAUGCCCUUGUCACAUUGAUGUUUUAUUCUUGAAUGCUAGAGACAUGUAAAUGAACUGAUUAGCCACUUACUCCACGAAAUGUGUACGAUAACGUUUAGAGGUGUCUCACUGGUGAACAGAGAGUACAGGAAGGAUUGAAAGUAAGAUUGUUUUUGGUAGCAUUUUGGUUGUAUCUUGCAUGGAACUAGUUUUAUGCUCUCGAUAUUUUAAUAUUCUUUAAGUUUC